GAGGGCGCGUCCCCCUGGGCGACCACAACAAACCAGGAGGUGAGAGGCUUGAGCAACACAUGUUAGUGUGAGGCGCCCUCCUCACACUGCUAGUGUGUGUCCCCUCGCACUCCCGCCUUGCUAGAGUCUGUCCCCUCGCACUCCCGCGCUGCUAGAGUGCAUCUCCUCGCACUCCCGCGCUGCUAGAGUGCAUCUCCUCGCUCGCUCUCACUGCCAGAGUGCGUCUCCUCGCUCGCUCUCACUGCCAGAGUGCGUCUCCUCGCUCGCUCUCACUGCCAGAGUGCGUCUCCUCGCUCGCUCUCACUGCCAGAGUGCGUCUCCUCGCUCGCUCUCACUGCCAGAGUGCGUCUCCUCGCUCGCUCUCACUGCCAGAGUGCGUCUCUUCACACUCGUCCUCACUGCCAGAGUGCGUCUCCUCACACUCGCCCUCACAUAUGACCUCACACACCUUAAUCUCGGCGGCCAAGAGAGCGUCUGUGUGAACGGGGGUAGAGCGGAAGUGUAAGGCACGGGGCGUCUCAAACUGCGCCAGCAAUGACGACGACAGCAUUUUCUCACGAGCCCGGCACUGCCAUGGAGUGCCUCAGCAUUCCCAUCACCCUGGAGAAGGAGGCAGGACUGGAUGAACAUGGCAGACAGGUCCUUAAAUGCGGUUUCAAAAUUGGAGGCGGUAUUGACCAGGAUUUCAUGAAGAGUCCUCAAGGUUAUACAGACAAUGGCAUCUAUUGCACUGAGGUCCAUGACGGGAGUGCAGCUGCUCGUGCAGGAUUGCGCGUUCACGACAAGAUAUUGCAGUGCAAUGGCUACGACUUCACCAUGGUGACUCACAAGAAGGCCGUCGACUACAUCAAGAAGCAUCCCGUCCUCAACCUCCUUGUCGCACGCAAGGGGGUCACGCAUUCCUAAAUUUGCGUCCUUGGAGUCUAUUUUCCUUGUUGAUUUUGGUCACAGUUUAUCAUCAUUAAUUAUAUUCCAUUAUAAAUGUCAUUAUAGUUUAAUUUUUUCUAUAAUAGUAUAUUUAAACUAUGGAGAGAUGACUAUACUAAAAAAAAAAAGCUAUUAUCUAUACAAAUAAUGCAUAUUGGUUCAUGUUGCAGAUUGUUGAUUGGUGUUAUUUAUAGAUUACUUUAGCUAUCAAGGUUAUAAUUCUGAAACGAGGUAAUGAUGUGAAUUGACAACAAUAUUUACAUUAGUAAAACCAUUAGUAUUCACUGCAGCUCGGACACUAUUAUUCUCCUCAGCUUGGACAUAACGCUGUUCUCUCCAGCUUGGACAUAGCACAUUUUUGUGCAGCUUCGAUAUACAGGCAUUUAUAUUGUAUUCACAGAUACCAUAUCCACAUACCCGCUCAAAACCACAUGCUUUACCACGCAGUGCUGCAAUCACGCCCUCGGUGGCAUUGUGUGGAUAGUGACUGCUCAGUGUACAAAGUUUGACCCUCAGGUUCCAGCCAACACUUUAUCAGCUCAGUGGUCUCACUCUUUCUUACUUGUAGCAUAGGGGGUGUAUAUGUUUGGCUCCCAGCUUUGGGAUCCAGGUUCAAUUCCCCAAGGGGCAGGAAUGAUUGGGCACAUUUGCUUUUACCUGAUGUCUUUUGUUCACCUGCCAGUAGAUGGGUAGCAGGGAGUUAGGCACUUGUUGGAGGUUGUGCUGUCCCCAAGAGCAGUAGUUGUGCCGCCACCUUUUUGGUGCGUUUGGUUGCCCCGAACUUGGUGUUGGACUCACGGCCUCUAACUGCUGGAGGGUUAUGCAGGUCACCACAAGAGCAGCAAGCAUUCUUGAGCUCUGAACA